AUGCCGCAAUCGCCUACCCACACGAUGGAGGAAGCUCCAGAACACCGAGAUGUCUCCCAUACAAACAAUGCAACAUCAAAUAAAGAAAAACACCGUCCAAAGUCUCGGGGUUCGACGACGAGUCUGCAGUCCGUCGGUGUAGGAAGCGCUUUUCAACCGCCGUCGCUGCAGGAGCAACAGCGCGACGACCCGACAAUGCCGCUCGGUCAGAACGGCUUCUACGUGCAACAUGGUCAUCACCAAGCUGCUGCCAUGUACGGUCCCAAUGGCGAAGAGAUGCUCAUGCAUUAUCCGCAUAACAUGGCUGCCCACAUUCAACAACAACCCAUAGAUCCCUCGGCCGGCUUACCACAACACGAGAUGCGACCAAUGUCACAACAAGCAUUCCAGGAAAUGCAACACUUCCCUAUGCAAUACGCGCAUGGCCUACCAGCCUACGCCGUCGCUCCUCAGCAUAUGCAUCAUAUGCGUCAUCAUUCAGAACAGUUCGAGGGCUCUCCUGCGCCGGAAGACUCAAACACGGAAAAUGGUGGGGCGAAGCGAAGAAAGGGAACAGCAUCGAGUGUUGCCAAUGAUCAAGAGCUGCGACGUCUACUUGCGCAAUACCAGGGCAAGUCGUUGAAAGAGGUCGCCGCCGAGGUGCAAAGAAACGAAGGGUCUGGAGGCAAAUCUGAAAAAGCGAAACAAGUGUUCGCGAUGCUUUGGUGCGUGCUUCAAGAAAACUGUCAACGAUCCUCAAACUCGGUCCGUCGCGAUCGUGUGUUUACUCGAUACACCGAACGCUGCGGUAAUGAGCGCGUUCCCACCCUGAACCCCGCAUCGUUCGGAAAGCUCGUGCGAAUCAUCUUCCCUAAUGUACAGACGAGAAGACUAGGCGUUCGAGGCGAGUCAAAGUACCACUACGUGGAUCUGUCUCUGGUACUCGACGAGGAUGAUCGACAAUCUGAGAGACCUGGAACAGCAAACGGCAACCAUCAUGAAAGACAUUGUUCUCAUGCGGAAGCCAGCAAACUGUUCAAGACACAUGUUUCGCCUCCUAUUGAACGUCCUUUGUCUCGAGCUACCGUUGAGACGGCCGAAUUCCCGGCUCCCAGUGCUGGGUUCCUAACGCGGGAGACUGCCGAGCCUGAGGAGGUUGUACCAGAGCCCGCGAGGCCACAUAUCCAGAAAUUGGAUUGCAAAUACAUCAAUACCCCGACGAUCCGACUACCCAUCAAGACUCUGCCGACAAAUGUCGUUGCUGCCUUGCCUUCGAUCCGGCCUAACCUCCCUGCCAGUAUGGCCACUUACCUCGCUAUGCCGACUAUCGAUUCUCUCUCUCAGGUCUCAACCUCAUCGCAGGAGGCACCUAUUGAAUUUCCCGACAUCUUUGCUUAUCUGGAAGGGACGAACUAUGAUGUCUCAAUAGCCAAGGCACUGUUCCACCUCUAUCGUUCUUACUGUAUCGAUGUCAUCGAUGCCUUCCGCAAAUGCAAGGAGAAGCCAUUCUUCAACCAUCAUUCAGCGUUCAAUGGCAAGAUGACUGUGCCGGUAUCCAAACUGUUUUCCAUGGAAUGUCUGGCUCCUUGGAUUCAGGAAUGCGACAUGCGCAUGUACAAACAGAUUGUACGAUUCAUAGCUCCAUUAGCUGUGCAAAACGUGCCAGAUGUUGUGUGGAAUGUUUUCGACCGGAUAGGGUCGAGGCUGGUCAGUCAUCUUAUAUCGGCCUUUGAGGAAAAGUGCCCGGUUCACGUUGUCGUCGCCAAGACUGUCCCGGCAGCCAGAUUUGCCCACCUGCUAAAGAAGCUGAAGGGCGCCAAUGCUGCGACUCUGCAACUGAGCCGUAUGCUGGAGGAUCCGCAGCAACGAACGCAAAUGUGGCUCGACCUUAUGGCCAUGGUUGAUCCUGAGCGUUUACUGGAGGAGAGUAUGCCGCCUCCAGAAAGCCUGGAGAAGAUUCGGGGAGUAUUGAAGUACGAUAUGAGACCGCUAGUCUUCCCCGUUGACGGAGAGUUGGUACGGGCAGCCGAAGAUGAUACUACCAGCGCCUACGCAAACAUUCUCAAAGAAACCUCGGAUCGUGACGGCGGGCUCCUCCCGCCAGAUAGUGACGACCAACCCAGUCCCUUGUUGGAAAAAUGGAUCAACUGGUUGGAACGAUUACCCAAUUUGUUUGAAGGCCACCAUCCUCAAUGCAUGGUUGAUUGGCAUUCACGAUUCUGGAGUAGUGUGAUGAUGCAGAUGGGACAAAACGGAGCGCACAGUUAUCAGUCCUGGUGGUUCGUGGAGUCUUUCGCGACUCAAAUGUUGGGCUGGAUGACGCAAAUGGAAGGCUUGCUGAUGGAUGAAGAGAGCCAGAAGCUUGCGGAUGAACGCGAACAGGAGAAGAGUGCAGAGAUCCAGUUGCAUCUAGGUCCUUCCACUCAUGGAGUCAAGCGAAAGAGAGCCGAAGAAGACGUCGAGGGGGAUGAAAAGGCCGCGGCCGAAAUCGGCACACAUCAGCCCAAGAAACAGGAAAAGGCGACAAAGAGCUCGCCAAGUCUUCCACCGGCCAGGCGUGAAGAACAGACAACCCAGGAGGUGGACGAUGAUGAGACCGACGCAGAACUGGAUGAACUGCGUCGCGGAGGCCCUUUAGAUCUGCCUAGCUUUCACACCGGUCUGAGCAGUCCGGUCAAGCGGCAGCCUGGCCCCCAAGCUCAUGACGACAGUGGCAUUGAUCUUGGUUUGGACAUCGAUGCCGAGGCCGAAAAAGAGGCCAAGAAAUUCAACAAGAGAGAUUGGCUCCUCAGCAGUGAUCCCGUGGAUUCACCAAUCGGCCUGGGGGUGUUGGUAUGA